GGGGAGCGGGGGCGCUUGGCAGAAUGCUUAUUUAAUGAAAUAGUGUCAUAGACUGAAAACGUAAACAUGAGGAUGGCAGGUGCUAUAAAGUUGGUGGUUGCUGUAGCAGUAUUUCUACUGACAUUUUAUGUUAUAUCUCAAGUAUUUGAAAUAAAGUUAGAUUCAAAUUUAGGAAAUUUAUUUGCAAGGUCAGCACUGCAGAUAGCUUAUACAAAACCUCCCAGAUAUAAAUGUGGGAUUUCAAAGGCCUGCCCAGAAAAACAUUUUGCCUUCAAAAUGGCAAGUGGAGCAGCUAAUGUUGUUGGCCCCAAAAUUUGUGUAGAAGACAAUAUUUUAAUGAGUGGUGUAAAGAAUAAUGUUGGAAGAGGAAUCAAUGUUGCAUUGGUAAAUGGAAAAACUGGAGAAGCAUUACGCACUGAAUACUUUGAUAUGUGGGGAGGAGAUGUGGCACCAUUUAUUGAAUUCCUUAAGUCUAUUCAAGAUGGAACCAUAGUUUUAAUGGGAACAUAUGAUGAUGGAGCAACCAAACUCACUAAUGAAGCAAGAUUAUUGAUUGCUGCCUUGGGAAGUACAGCUAUCAGUAACCUCGAUUUUAGAGACAACUGGGUCUUCUGUGGUGGAAAAGGUAUCAAGACAAAAAGCCCUUUUGAACAACACAUAAAGAACAACAAGGAUACAAAUAAAUAUGAAGGAUGGCCAGAAGUUGUAGAAAUGGAAGGAUGUAUCCCCCAAAAGCAAGACUGAACAACAUGAAGAAUUAGAGAAAAUUUUAUCUUUGUUAUUGAUAGGAGUGCUAUGAAGGAGAUAUUACAUGUAAAUAUUUUGAGAGUAUAUAUCCAUCUUGUCAUUUAUGCAUGAGUAUCAACUCUUCCAAAAUCAGGAUUAUUUAUUGCUAACCUAAAGAGUAAAUUUUGUAAAUAAGUCCACCAUAAUGAACAUUUUCUAAGCUAUUGUCUCUAAAAGCACAGUAUUUAGAUUGCAUUAUGAUAAACAUCUUUAAGAUGUAGAAAUGUCUUUUUUAAGCACAUAUUGUGAACAGAUUAUGAAGACAAUGUUAUACUAUUGUUUUAUAGAUCUAAUUGCUAAAAGAAUGCGGCCAUUGUGAAAAAUAGUUUUGUUGGGAAGGGGAAAAGCUAAAAAAAUUUUUUUAAUAUAUUGCCCUUUUGAAGGCAGUAAUCAGUCUUUAAUAAAGAAGUAUUUGACUAGUUGUAUAUAUUCUGGAAUUUUGCUUUGCAGUCUAAUACCCUAUACCCCUUCUAUUCUACCUCACUUCUUUUCCUACUUUAUUUCCUCACCUCCCUCAGAGAUUCCUAGCCAAUAAAAUUUUAAAGUAUAGAAUUAAAAUGUUUGAUAUAGAAAUUUAGAUCAGAUCUGCAAAAAAGCACAACAAAUUCUUUUUGUAUAAAAAAAAAAAGCGAUACAAGAAUUGUAUAAAUGUAUAUGAUUUGAAGUGCAGCUUGAAACAAUUUGUAUUUAUGAUGCAAGUAAGUUAACUUUGUAGUAGCCAUUUGAAGAAUGACCUGAUAUAGUUUAGCCAGUGUGGUCAUAGAAAUAAACAGAUUUUUUAAAUUAUUAUUUUUGUAUGUAUUUCUCUGACCAUUAUUUACUCUCUUCUUGAUUAAUGAAAUCUUGCAUUUUAUAACUAGUAUUUUGAAUGCCCCUGUCUUUAAAAAUGAAAUGUCUUCCUUAGUUUUGAUUUCUGUUAGCAAAAUGAUUAGUGAAAGAGUGGGAGGGUUAAUUGAGAGCUUUCAAAAAACUCAUGCCAGGGAAAGUUUUGUGCAUUCAGUCAUUAUGCAACUCUACAAUCAGCAAUACUCGCCUAUAGCAGGUAAGACAUUUGGCAAGGAUAAUGCAUUUUUAGAGUUCUUAGUGGAUUGCUCUAAAUACUCUAUAAUACUUUAAUCUUUUCAGAAAUGUUUAAUUUAGGAAAUCUCAAGAUAAUUUUAUAUUCAAUUUUACACAAAAUGUAAGAGAAAUUCAAGUUUUUGUUUAAUAUUUUCAACUAUUCACUGAAUUUACUGAAUUUCAAUAUUUUUCCUUGAUAUUCUCAGGCUUUAUUUAUGGUAUGAAUGUUAAAAUCUUGGAGUAUAUCAUUGGAACAAGUUAAUGUUUUACAUGUUACAGAACCAACACUUGCAGAUUAUCAGAAUUUUAGUAACUUGUGUUAAAAUAGGAGAUUUUAUAAUUUUGCUUUAUAAAAAAUAUUGCUCAAAAAGCAGUAAAAUCAAGAUGGAAACUGUAAAUGUUUAUUGAAAGUUAAACAGCUUGUACUUAAGCUUGAAUGUAAAGCAAGAAAAAAAUUCACCUUAUGCUUUUACACAAUUGAAAAAAUUGUAGUUUUUGGACAUUUAAGCAAAGCAUUCUCCAUACAUAUUUUGACAUCAGUUCCCUCUUCUGUAAAUUGAAAAGACAGUGGCAUAUUUUACAGCAUCAGGGAUUGUAAAGCAUCAAAUUUCUUUCAAAAUAAUGACUAUUAAAUACUCCUGGUUUUUUAGUAUGAAAGUUUGUUGCAUUGUCUGAUAAACAUAAAUAUCACAAAUGUAAUAUUUUCCAGAUAUUUAUUGAGAUAUUUAUCUUGUAAGUUUUAAGGCAUGUAUCUGUGCCUUUUUCCUUUGGAUUUUUACCUUAGCAUUGCAUAUAAAAAUUUAGAAAUGCAAACAGUAAUGUGAUGUUGCUUUUGAUGUAAAUGCUAUGAAAAUAUGAAGUUUCAAAAGGAAAAGAUAUUAGGGGUUUUUUUUUGGGGGGGGGGGCAAAUAUCCUCUGUGAUUUGUUGUGCCUUCUCCAAACUUUAGAUGCAAUAAUUUUACCACUACCUUUAUUCUUAGGUUUGGUUGUUUUUUGUUUUAUUUAAUCAUCUCGUAAGUGAAGUAAGUUAAUUUUAAUGCAGUUUAAAUUUUCUUUAUUAAAAUCACCAGUUAAGUAUGUAGUAUCUUAAACUGUUUAAUGUUUUAUGAAUAUUUUUUACUUCCAGUCAAGCUUAUGCCACUUUAUUAUGCUAAUUAUUAGCAGAAAGACAAAGGUAAAAUAAAGGACAAUUGGGAAGUUAAAUUAUUCCUUCACUAGUCUUUGACCUUUAAAUUCUUAAACCCAAUAUUUAGUUAGGUGAGAGUCAUCUUUUCAUUCUAAUCAUUUUCAUUUUAGCAACCUCUGUUAAUAUGUAAUGUUUAUUAUAUUUGUACCAGAUGUAAUUUACUAAUAACUUACGCUUUAAGAAUUCACGACACAUAACUGAAAAGACUGAAACUGAGCAUAGUAAAUAUCACUGUGCAUUUUAUAGCAAUUUUAAGAGAUUUUCAGUGAGUAUAGCAAUGAGGAAUUUCAGCUUUGAGAAUGUUUAAUGGGCAUAGAGGAUAAAGAUGAAUUUUUUUUGAAGGCAAAAAUUCAUCAUCUAUUUUUUACACUUAAAGUUUUAUUCAAGAAUAUCUAUAUAAGCCUAUAUCAGAUUGCUUUUUGUCUUGGAGAAGAGA